GUGAGAAUUGUGCAAUACUUUUGGACAGUAAAAGAGGCGAGCGUCCCUGCCUCCGCUGGUGGUUUAUCUGAGGCGGCUACACAGCGUGUAGGAUCUGCUCUCUGUAAGGAUGUGCACCUUCAUGAGAACCUGUGUCCUGGUUGUGAUUAUUGUUGGAUUGUUUUCAGAAGUCAUUUUGUGCAGUAUUGUUCCUUAUCCACUGCCUAAUGGGCCCUACUUUCCCAGACCUUUGCCAGUGGUGGACUUUGAACGUGACCCGAAGUUUGUUCUAGUGGCUCCAGCGGUUCUAAAAGCAGGGAGUGAAGAGAACAUCCUGCUGGAGGCGUUUGGACUUUUUCAGAGUAUCGACAUUGAUCUCUUGGUGCACACUUAUCCAGGGAGUUCACAAAUACUGCUGAAUUCAACCGUCACCCUGAACGCAGACAAUCAUUACAGCGCCCUCGCAACCAUAACGAUUCCCCGGAGGAACCUGAAUCCAGAACAGACGGAGACCAAGUACGUCCAGCUGCUUGCUAAAUUUGGACAGCGCCAACUGCUUCAUCAAAUCAGCAAAGUGUCCUUUCUGUCUGGUUACAUUUUCAUCCAGACCGACAAGCCCAUCUACAAUCCUGGAGACACAGUGCGCUUCAGAGCAUUUGUCUCUAAUCCAGAGUUCCAGGCUUUCAAUAGUACAGUUUCAGUUGAAAUUCAGAACUCUGAUGAAAUUACAGUCCACACCACGUCAGAGGUCAGAGCAGGAGACGGCGUUUAUUCUGACACUUACACUCUCUUGGACAUCGCUAAAGAGGGCAAGUGGAAGAUCGUUGCCAAGUUCGACCACUUCAAGGAGAACAUGUAUAGCACAUAUUUUGAGGUGAAGAAGUACGAGCUCCCGGCGUUCAACGUCACACUGGUACCCGAAAAGUACCAUCUGAGUUUAGAAGAUGAAGAGCUGGAGGUGAAGGUGUAUGCCAAAUACAUCUACGGUGAGAAAGUGGACGGCGUGGCGUACGUGGUGUUUGGAGUAGACAAUGAUGGAGUGAAUGUACGAGUCUCAUCUAUGAAGCAAGUAAAAAAUCUGGAUGGUGGAAAUGCCACUCUGACCGUCGAUGAGCUUAAGAAAGCAUAUCCUGACGUCAGCAAAUUUGACGGCUUGACCAUUUACAUCAAAGCUUCCGUGAUGACCAGCACAGGAAGUGACCUCGUGGAAGCAGAAAAGUCGGGCAUCAAAAUCAUCUCCUCACCCUACGUGCUUGCCAUCGAAGACACAUUGAGUUUUUAUAAAACGGGCCUACCCUUUGACGUAACGGUUACGGUUAGUCACCACGACGGCUCCCCGGCUCCGGACGUUCCGGUUAAAAUCAGCUACCUGUCCACUCCUGUCACGGAGCACAGCGGCACCAUCAAGGUGUCCCUUAAAAUGCCGUGUGGCUUUGGAAAAAAGAGGAUUAAGGUUAAAACCGCCGAUCCAAAUCUGAAGCCGGAGCAGCAGGCCAAGACCGAAUGGUUGGUGACGGCGUUCUCACCUUUCAGUAUGAGUGACCCGAACUAUCUUCACAUCACCGUCGACAAGAAGGCGGCAAAAUUAGGAGAGAUUUUAGACUUCCAGCUGCACCUCAGCAUGAACUCCCAGAGAGAAAACAACCUCCAAGGGGUGGUUUCAUAUAUGGUGUUGAACAAGGGGAAGAUCAUUCGUUCCGGGAAGAUGAACGUAACAGAGGAGGAAGUGAUGACCCUUCCUCUUCUCCUGACUCCGGAGAUGCUGCCUGCCUUCCGCUUCGUAGCGUACUAUAUUCUGCCGCAGUCGUACGCAGUAGAGGUGAUGGCCGAUUCCGUUUUGGUGAAACUGGAGAGUCGUUGUUUGGGUUCGCUCAAGCUUGAACCGUUGAGGGGUGAAACGAAGGACUCGUAUACACCAGGUGACAGCUUCAACUUCCAGGUCAGGGGCGACCCCGGGGCAAAGAUCAGCCUGGUCGCCGUGGACAACUCGAUUUUCCUGCUGAGUAAAAGACAGCUGACGCAGAGCAAGAUUUGGGACACUCUGGGACAGGGGGAUUUGGGCUGCUCUCUAGGGGGAGGAGAGUACAGCAUGGGUGUGUUCACGGACGCAGGCCUGAAUUUUCAAUCAACCUUCUUCAUUUCUACAAAUAAUAGGCCGUCAUGUCAUUCGAAUCUCAGGAGGGGGCGGCGCUCUGUUAAAAAACUGCGUCUCCGAGACGAACUUGAGAAAUUCCAUUCCGACCGGUUUCUGCAGCGCUGCUGCUCCGAUGGCAUGAGGGCCAUUCCCAUGCCGUACUCGUGCCGCCGCCGUGCUCUUUACAUCACGGAGAACUGGAGCUGCGUGAUGGCUUUCCUCGAGUGCUGCUCGAAGUACAGGGGUGAAGAGCUGGGCGUCGUCACCCCACCACCACCCACUACAGAACCAACCUUUCCCAUGGAAGAUUUACAAUACGGCUAUAUUGAUUUAGAUCAACGGCAUCAUAUUGAGUAUGCUGUUAGUGGUAGGAUUGCUGUUCCUGGAGUUGUUGGUCCUGUUGGUGUUGUACCUGGACUUGGUGGUGGGUACGGUGGUGUUCCUGGAUCUAUUGAUGCUUUUCAUGGUACAGCUGUACUGGGCGGUGGGUACGGUGGUGUUCCUGGACCUAUUGAUGCUUUUCAUGGUGGACCUGCACUUAGUGGUGGGUACGGUGGUGUUCCUGGACCUUUUGGUGGUUACGGUGGUGGACCUGUACUUGGUGGUGGUUAUGGUGAUGUUCGUGGAGCAGUGGGUGUUCCUGGACCAGUGGGUGUUCCUGCUCUCAGUUUGAGUCCUGAACAUAGUGCUGCUGUUCCUGACCCUUAUGGGAGAAUGGGAGGUGAGACAGGAACUACAUUUGAGUACCAUGACAAGCUAGAGGAUAUUUAUGUUCGCACCAAAUUCUUUGAGUCCUGGCUGUGGACAGAUGUCCAGCUUCCUGGAACUCCUGGGCCAGAUGGAUUGGCUGUUGCCCCAGUGGCGUCUGUUCUCCCAGACAGCAUCACUCAGUGGGGGAUUCUGGGGGUUAGUGCAUCAUCAGAUACAGGUUUCUGUGUAGCCGAGCCGUUCAACAUUAGGGCAUGGAAGCCGUUCUUCAUCAAACUUCGUCUUCCUCGCACCGCAGCCAGAAACGAACAUGUUGAGGUCAAGGCUGUGCUACACAACUACAUGAGCAAGGACUUGAAGGUGCUGGUGGUCCUGGCAAAAACAGAGGACAUGUGCAGUGUGGCGUUUACUAAGGAUCAUAAGCAGGAGGUGUUUGUGAAAGCUCGCUCCUCUGUGCUCAUCCCCUACACCAUAAUCCCGCUCCGAGCAGGAGAGCUCCCUCUACAGGUCACUGCCGUGUCGCAGAGCUUCACCGGACAGGACGCAAUCCGUAAAAGUCUUCGUGUAGUGGUGGAAGGCAUUCAGAAGAUGGUUGUGAAGAGUUUUGUGUUGGAUCCCACUGUGAAAGGAGACAACAAUGGAAAUCAGCUGAUUAAGGUAGACAAAGCUGAACUGAGUUCGGUGGUUCCCAACUCGCUUCCAGAAACAUUCGUCAACGUCAGAGGUAAUUUGCUGGCUGACAGCAUCGAUAACUCCAUCAAUAAGGACUCGCUUGCGGCGCUGAUCCGGAUGCCUGGAGGCUGUGUGGAGCAGAACCUGGCUAGCAUCACGCUGCCGCUCAUUGCUACUCACUACCUGGAUCGCAGCUCACAGUGGGAGAGUGUGGGAAUCCAGCGCAGAGACGAGGCCAUCUCCUAUAUUAAGAUCGGUUAUGAGAACCAGCUUCAUUAUCGUAAAACGGAUGACUCGUAUCCACCGUAUCAAAACGAAGGAACCAGCACCUGGAUCACAGCGUUCGUGGUGAAGGUGUUUUCCAUGGCUUAUCCAUUCAUCAAGGUGGAUAAGCAGCACAUAUGUGGUCCUUUGCUCUACCUGAUCAAGCACAAGCAGUCCAGAUCUGGAACGUUCAAGGAGGACAACCCUGUCUAUGACACCUCAAUGACGGGAGGUCUUCAGGGUGCUGAAACCAGGGGAAGACUGACAGCAUUUGUACUAAUUGCUUUGGCCGAAGCGAAGAAUGUUGUUUCAUGCAGUGAUCCGGAAAUAAACGAGCUGGGUUUCGCAAGAGCACAACACUACCUGUCUACACGAUUAAAAACCCUAGGCAGGCCGUAUUCCGUUGCAAUUACCUGCUACGCGCUGGCUGUGAGCAAUCAUCCCUGUUCGAAGGGCGUGUUACUGGAAUCGGCAUCACUGGACCGCACACACUGGCCGGACCCAGACAACCCGCUUUUCACACUGGAGGCGACAGGUUACGCUUUGCUAGCCCUACUUAAAGGUGGCCAUAUUCAGGAGGCGGCUGCUCCGUUCAGGUGGCUGAAUCAGCAGCGACGUGUUGGGGGUGGAUUUGGAUCCACACAGUCUACCCUGGUGGUACUACAGGCUCUGUCCGAGUACAUGGUAAAGAACCCCCAACAAGCUGGAAUGAACCUGAAGGUGGUGCUCGGUGUUCCUGGUGGCUCAGAUACUCACUGGGACUUUGACAGGAAACUGGCUCAUGUGGCACGUUCCUCUAAGGUGGCUAUAGAUAAGGAUUUCACAGUGUUGGCAUCAGGAACUGGUCAGGGGAUCCUGGAGGUGGUAACAGUGUUUAACGAGUUACCUGACAUACACGAGAACAGCAACUGCAACGGAUUUGACUUGAACGUCUCUAUUAGCGAGAGCAACGAGAACCCUCCAGCUGACGUAGAGAAGGUGUAUAAUCUCAGUAUCAGUGUAAGAGCUCUGGAGCAGCAGGUGCGCAUGGCUGUGCUGGACAUCAGCCUGCCCACUGGCUUCGAACCAGAAAACCCAGACCUGGAGCUGCUGACCAACGCUGUGGAUUGCUAUAUCAGCAACUUCCAAAUUGUAGAUAAUCUGAGCGACCGAGGAUCUCUCAUCAUUCAUCUGUUCAAGGUAACCAACAAAGAGGCAGACACCAUCACGUUCAGGCUGAAUCAGAAGUUUAAAGUGGGUCUCCUGCAACCGUCUACAGUUACUGUAUACCAGUAUUACAACACAGAUAAGCGUUGCAGCAGGUUUUACACUCCUCCAGAGGACAAAGAACAGCUCAGUCAGAUCUGUAAAGACAACAUUUGUCGCUGCACGCAGGGAGACUGUUGUGUGUUGAAGACUGGCGCUCAGACAGUUGUGGGGAGAAUGAACGCUGCAUGCAAUGGAAACCAUCAUGGUAACUGUAACACAUUACUGCUCUCUGCUAAUGGAGUUCUGUUUCCAACAAGCAAGAAUGUCAGUGUUUAUUUAAUGCACAUGCUGUGUUUUCCAGUGUUUAAAGUCAGAGUGUUGAGCGUCAGUACGAGUCAGUAUGACCGAUAUGAACUGGAGAUCCUGCAGGUCAUAAAAGAAGGUGCUGAGGUUGGUCUGAAGGAAAAGGACACACGAGUGUUUCUCUCUCAUGCUGGAUGUAGGGCAGGACUUAAUCUGCUCACCAGUCAGGACUACCUCAUCAUCGGUCCAUCCUCUGAUGUCUGGCAAGCAGGCAGUGACAAGAAUGGCUACACCUACACUCUGGGGAAGGACACUUGGGUGGAGCUCUGGCCAUCAGGUGCCUGUGACACAUGCACACAACUGGAAAGAUUUAGCACAGAUCUGAUGAAUACUGGCUGUCAGACCUGAGACACCAACCCCCCCCCAAACACACACACACCCCUACAAAUGACAGUUAUAAAAAUCUGUCCACUACAAUACACAUGACACAGGACACUGCACUACAGUAAAUUACAGUACCCCACACUACAGUGAACUACACUACCCCACACUACAGUAAACUACACUACACUUAAUAGUAUAGUACAGUACACUACACUCUAUUCUACAGUAUGGAGUACAGUACACUACAAUCUAUACUACAGUCAACAACAUUACAGCUCCCUACACUACAGUCUACAAUACACACCUCCAGAAUAAACUACACUGCACUGUACAACACUGCACAAUACACCACACACUACACUUGAGGUGUAAACCUCCGCAUGCACACACACUGUUGUUAUUCUUUCGCUUCAUUUAUAUCGUGCAUUCUUUUCAUUUGUUACUCCUAAUUUGCUCAUUGUUCACUUCGUUAAUUGCACUGUGGCAUUUUUCUUAGUAAGUAUUCUUUAUCCAGUGAUGUCUGUGUUGCAAUGAGGCUUGUUCCCAAUUAAAAAAUAAAGUUGAAAUGUCACCUACAUAACGUUAUGGA